CUCAUCCAUAAUUCACUAAGACACAGAAUCUUCUUAGAGUGUGUUUUUCUACUACAUUGUCUCCAAUCCUCCUCAUUGUUGAGGAAAAAUGGCUUCAUCCAAGACUUUUCUUCUCCUUGGUCUUGUCUUUGCUGUUGUGUUUCUCAUCUCCUCCAGUGUCUCUGCUCGUGAGCUUGCCGAGUCCGCUCAAACCCAGGAAAAUGUCCAAACUGAAGCUGUGGAGGAGGCCAAAUAUGGUGACCACAAGCACGGCCAUGGACAUGGUCAUGGUCAUCACGGCCAUGGACAUGGCCAUGGACAUGGACAUGGGCGCCAUGGUCCCCCAGGACACGGUGCUGCUGACGAGACAGAAACCGACGAAAAUUAGACAAAUCCUUGGUCCUAUGCCUAUCUAUGUUACUUUGUAUGCCAAUAAAUAAGGUCGCACUGUUUGUGUUGUGCAGCUUUAUUAUAAGCUUUAUCUCUCUACUACUUUUUCAUGUGUAAUGUUAUGCCUUUUUAUGUAUCACAAUUAAUGUGCUUGAAGGUGUGAAAUCCCCA